GCUGGGUAGAAGGAGAGGCGUGAAAGUCGCCGCAGCCACCGGGGCCGACAGGACAGGAAGUGCCUGCCUCACCUGGGGCACCUGCCUCACCCUCUUCCUCAUCCCCACCCCUCAGCCUGCCUCCUGCGGGCCUCUGGCUGGCAGGUCUGGGGAUGAGGCCGAGGUGCUCCCGGUGGAGGUCGGGCAGGGGCGAUGCCGCGGGGACCUGAACUGCACUGAAGCAAGGAGGAAAGCUCCCGGCCUCUGUGGCGGCACCAGGAGCUUGGGGCGGGGUUCCUUCACGGUGGAUUCUGUGCUGAAUACCUGGAAGUGAUAAUAUUUUGGAAUAUUAGGUUAAAUAAAACAAACUGUUAGGAUUCACAUGGCCUCUGUUUUUGAAUGGGGCUGCUAAGCAAGGCUGAGGUUACCCGGAGCCUGGCUGCCCCUCCCACCCUAUCGGCGCUGCCCAGGCCUCGGGCUCUGCUCAGCUGGGGCCUGGCUGGGUCUACUGUCCUGGGACUUUCAGGUCCCCCCUUCCCGCCCCUCCCCCAGCAGCUGAAGGAAGCCCCUUUUGCCAGAGGAUAGGUGUCUGUACCCCCUGGGGAAUGGGCCCCUGAUCCAUCGGGGAGCAGUCAGUUGGGGGCCUGUGGGAGUGGGGGAGCUGAGGGCUCCAGGGCUACUGGCAGUUGGGCUGUGAAGCCACGAGGUUCUGGGGAGAGAAGGAAGGUUCCAGAACAGCCCUGCUGGCCCCCAACACCUGCCUCCUCGCGGCCCCUGGGAAGGCAUCUGGACUAGUGCAGCAGCUCAUCCCUCGACACCGAGGCCUGGAGUCUUCCCGGGACUUCCUCCCUCUGGCCCCUGCUGCCCUGGCCUGAGAGGCCCCAGGCGUGGGUCACAGCAUCGGGCAGAGUGGCUGGUGCAGCCCAGGCAGCCAUGUCAGAACCGGCUGACAACAGCCCCUCAGGGCCAUCGGCCCCUUCCCAGCCGAGCACCGUCACCCUGGAAGACCUGGGGCCCCUCCUGGCUGGAGACCUGGCCAGCCCCGAGCCCUCGAGCCUGGAAGAGCUCUCGGAGAGGUAUGAGUCCAGCCACCCAACAUCCACGGCCUCCGUCCCAGAGCAGGACGCGGCCAAGCGCUGGAGACAGCUGGAGCAGUGGGUGGUGGAGCUGCAGGCCGAGGGGGCCCGUCUGCGGGAGCACAGGCGGCGUUGUGAGCGCGCCACGCGGAGCCUGCUGGGCGCCCUGCUGCAGGUGCGGGCCCGCCUGGAGCUGCAGGGCUCGGAGCUGAGGCAGCUGAGGCAGGAGGUGUGGCCGGCGGCCCAGGCCCCCGAGAAGGAGGCACAGGAGUUCUCUGGCCUGCAGAACCAGAUGCAGGCCCUGGACAAAAGGCUGGUGGAGAUCCGGGAAGCCUUGAGCCAACUCAGGAGGAGGCAGGCACAGCUGGAGGCGGAGCGGAAGGGCGCCGAGCAGGAGGCCGGCCUCAGGCUGGCCAAGCUGACCGACUUGCUGCGGCAGGAGGAGGAGGGCCGGGAGGUGGCCUGCAGCGCCCUGCGGAAGGACCAGGAGGACAGCAGCCGGAGGAUGGACCUGGAGGUGGCCAGGAUGGAGGCCCAGAUGACCAGGCUCGGCGAAGAGGUGAGCCUGCGCUUCCUGAAGAGGGAGGCCAAGCUGUGCGGCUUCCUGCAGAAGAGCUUCCUGGCCCUCGAGAAGAGAAUGAGGGCCUCGGAGAGCUCCAGGCUGAGGCUGGAGGGCAGCCUGCGGGGCGAGCUGGAGAGCCGGUGGGAGAAGCUGCAGGGACUGAUGGAGGAGCGCCUGCGGGCCCUGCAGGGGCAGAGUGAGCAGGAGAGCCACCUCCUGGAGCAGUGCCAGGGCCUGGAUGCGGCUGUGGCCCAGCUCACCAAGUUUGUGCAGCAGAACCAGGCGUCGCUGAACCGUGUCCUGCUGGCCGAGGAGAAGGCCUGGGAUGCCAAGGGGCGCUUGGAGGACAGCCGGGCCGGGGAGCUGGCCACCUAUGUGCAGGAGAACCUGGAGGCUGCCCAGCUGGCCGGGAAGCUGGCCCGGCAGGAGAUACAUGGCGAGCUGGCACUGCUCCGAGAGAAGAGCCAGGCUCUGGAGGUGUCAGUGGUGCAGCUGGCCGGGCGGGUAAAGGAGCUGAGUGACCGCCUCCCAGCCCUGAGCAGCCGGCUCGACCUGCAGGAGCAGAUGCUGGGCCUCAGGCUGUCCGAGGCAAAGACUAAAUGGGAAGGUGCAGAGAGGAAGUCCCUGGAGGACCUGGCCAGAUGGCAGAAGGAAGUGGCCGCAUACCUGCGGGGGGUGCGGGAGAAGCUGGACGGCCUCCCCCAGAAGAUAGAGGGCGUCUCAGACAAGUGCCUGCUUCACAAGAGCGACUCGGAUCUCAGGAUUUCUGCUGAAGGCAAGGCCAGGGAGUUCGAGGUGGGGGCCCUGCGGCAGGAGCUGGCCACGCUGCUGUCAUCUGUGCAGCUGCUGAAGGAAGACAGCCCCGGGCGGAAGAUUGCGGAGAUGCAGGGCAAGCUGGCCACGUUUCAGAACCAAAUAAUGAAGCUGGAAAGCUGUAUCCAGGCCAACAAGACCAUCCAGAACCUCAAGUUCAACAGCGAGGCCCGGCUGCGCACGCAGGAGAUGGCCGCCCUGCGGGAGACCGUGCUGCGGCUGUGGAGUGAGAAGGGCCCUCGGGCGCCGCUGGGCAGCAAGGCGCUCCCAUCCCUGGCGAGGCAGCGGGUCUUCAUCAAGGAUGUGGCGCCCGGCGAGGUGGCGCCUGUGAACUGCUGGGGCGUGUACCAGGCUGUGAGGGUCUUCUCCCGGAGUGUCCUCUGCCCUCCUAGGGGUACCCCGUCCCUGGAUUUGGGGCCCGUGCCUACCCAGUGUGCCCUCAGCUUCACCAGUUACACAUGCAGGGCGGCCCCACCAUUUCCAAAUGAGGUCCCAUUCAGACCUGGCGUGCACAUGCAUUGUGGGGACUUGGCUCAUCCCAGGACAGGUGCCAUCCACAUGUGACUGUCCCUGGCCUUGGCAUUCACCAGGUGUGCCCCCCACUUGGCACAGUGCUCUCCAGAGCAGCCCCCAGUGGCCCAGGUUGGGAGGACUCCACAGUGCCCUUCCUAGGGACUCCAGCUCUGAGGACGGGAUAGCAGCCCCCAGCCUGGCCUGGCCCUGACACUCCCUGUCCCAAGCCCCCAGCUCCUGGGCCUUCACCUUCCAGGGACCCGGGUGACCGCCACCCUGGGUCCUUACCCCGGCACUCCAGGUGUUCCCCAGUCAGAUGGGAGACGAGCCCCUCCCACCCUGUUGCAUCCAGUACACAGGGAUUUGAGCAAUGAGCCCAGCCCUUCCCUGCACCCGGGGGUCCCAGCUGACCUG